AUGCACGACCAAUCCCAAUCUCCGUUCUUCUUGCUGCCCGCCGAGCUGCGGGAACAGAUCUAUCAUUUCAGUCUGGUCGUCGACCGACCAAUCCUCAAUGCCGCCACGACUCUCCUCGUGCCUGCGGAUGAAAGGGACAUCCCGCCUCUCGGACUCGCUCUUCGACGGACAUGUCGACGCAUUUAUGCCGAAUUGCAUAUAGAUGUUGUGUUCAGCGGCAACGACUUCAGCUUCACACGCCCGAUGCUAGCGUCCUGGUUCCUCGGUCAUUUGACUCCAGCACAGCAUCAAUCGAUCCGGACUCUGAUCGUCGACCUCAGCGACCUCGAGCAUGGAGGUGGCGAAGGAGGGGUCGCCGCUGGAGCGAACGGCCUGACUGUGGGCGGUCGAUGGCUGCACUAUUUAGGAUGUACGCCUACCAUGCACGAUAGCACUCGGGACUGCAUGUAUAAAGCAGAGACUCUGGUGACGGAUCUUCCACAUAUUGAGACUUUGGUUCUGGAUAUCGUGCGACUCCAGGACUUGGCGGAUGAGGCACCGGGGCUGAUGUUCGAUCGUGCAUGCGUGGAUCGGUUGCUUUAUAAAUUGGUUGUGGAGACAUGGAGCGGGUAUGAGGAUACGAGUUGGUCAUCUAAUCUACGGGACAUUGUACUCGUUGGACGAACAAACUCGGGACGCAUCGUCAGGAAAUCAAUUUUUGGAGAUGCGAAUCCUACCUCUGGAAUAGAUCGCGAUAGUCGUCGAUGGACGCACGUCCGACAGUAUGAGAAACGCGAUCUGUACAAGACCUUCGCCGUACACACAAACGGCCGGAUCAAAGCACCUGGGGAGAAGAACAACGUAUCGACAACGACCAGCCACGAGAACGAACGCGGGAUGCUAUCGCUAGGCAAAGGCGGCGAGUACCUCCUCUGGACACCCAGUGCGAGCAAUAGUUCUUUAUGUCGCAGAAUCCGGAUGAGCGAUGUGAGUCAUCUCGACGUGCGAAAGCGGCCGCAGUACGGGACGCUGGGUCUGGCGAAUCUUGUUGUUGUGGUUGGGGAGGAUGUCGCGAGGUAUGAGUUUGAAUGUUGUGUGAAUGGUUUACCGCUUGAGGGGGAGGGAGAGUGGUAUGAUGAGAUGCUUGAGGCGUUGGUAGUGGCGUGGGUUUGUUGGCGGCGGGUGCCGAGGGGUGUAUCGGGAUUCCAGCAGUAUGAUCCUCCUACAAAUGUUGAGAUGUGA